AUGCGAUUCUCUGGAGUACCGUUAGCCUUGGCUCUGCUUAGCCUCGGCUGCUUUUGCCUGGCCUCAGAAGCUUCUGCUGCUGCUGCUGCUGCUGCUACUCCCUCUGCUGCUCCUACUUCUGCUUCUGCUCCUCCUGCUUCCCCUUCUGCUGCCUCUGGAAAGCCCAAGAGAGAUGCCGGUUUGAGCUUUUCUAGUUAUCAUGGCCCCUCCCACAAGUACUUGCCGCCCGCCUAUGAAGGUCAUCAGCUGAGCUAUCACGGAGGAGGAGGAGGAGGAGGAGGUGGCUACCAUGGCAACUCUCUGUCCAGUUAUUCCACGGACUUCGGGCACUUGGAGAGCGAAAGCGGAAACGGAAAUGGCGGCAGCCAUCAUUAUGCCCAUCAUGGCUACGGCUAUGGCUCUCCAGCCAGACCACAUCAUCAUCAUUAUGUGCCAAGUCCCAAGAUCGAGACAUAUAUUGUUCAGACCACGAGCAGUAAUUCCGGCUCUGGACAUGGUUACCAUGGUGCUCACAGUGGAAGUCACAGCUUGAGUCAUGGACCCAGUCACGGGCUAAGUCAUGGUCCCAGUCACGUGCUAAGUCACGGCCCCAGUCACAGCUUUAGUCACGGUUCUUCGCAUGGUUUGGGCUACAAAUAUCCAGCGCCAGGAGGAGGAGGAGCAGGCUCAUCCGCUUACCUAAAUCUCCUGGGCGGCGGCGGUGGAGGUGGUCACAAGACCAGCACUUAUUUGGUGGCCACACCCGAGUACUCCGGCGGAUCCCUGCACAGACCCAGUCCCAGCUACAGUUCUCAUGGAGCCCCCAGUCACGGCGGCUACAGUCACGGCUUUGGACAUGGCUAUAGUCAUGGCAUUGGACAUCAUCAGAUCAGUAGCAGCAGUGGCAGUCAUGGUCACUCGACAAGUCAUGUGGAGCAUAGCCUGGAGCAUGCUCUGGAACAUGGACUGAGUCACGCUUUGGGUCUCGGAUUGGGACACUCUUCAGGCGGAGCAGGAGGAAGCCAUCAUGGCCCAGUGUUUGCCCAACAUCCGCUAGCCCAGCCGGCAGAGGAGCACUCUGGCUACACCUACGAUGCCCCAGUCACACCUUUUGGGAAAGGAACACCCCUAAGCAGCUAUGGAGUCCCCCUAAUACCCGGCUAUGAUCAUCAGCAAGAGUCCCUGCAGGAGCAAGUCCUGGAGCAGGAGCACAAACUGGAGCGGGAACAGGAGAGAGAGACACCCGUCUAUGCCUUGGGUCACAAAGGAUUGGGACACUUUAGCUACACGGCGAGCAAACCGCAGGCUCUUCACACCGAUGUCCUGGGAGGCGGUAAUGGCGGGGUUAGUCACUCCGAUUUGGAGCUAUCGAAGGCACCCUUCAAACCCAGCGCCUUUCUGGGUGCCAAACAUGAGAGUAGCUCUGGUUCUGUGACCAAUUCCAUUUCUGGUUAUGAUUAUGCCACACCAACAUCACCAUUCCUGCAGGCGCCAUCAUCGCCGGGUUAUGACUAUCAGGCGCCGGCGCAGCUCUAUGGUCCUCCAGGACACUCCGGAGACUCGGCCACGCCCAUUUUUGAGCCAGAAGCCACAUAUCUGCCCCCUGCAAGCAGUUAUGGACCACCAGCCACGUCCUCGCAUGGCUAUCAUUAA